AUGCAAGCCCUCCGACGCGCCGCCUCGGCGCUGGCCGCCCGCUCCGCCCAGUCGCAGGCGGUCGCCAGGGCGUUCGCCGCCAAGAGCAUCGCGGAUGGGGGAGAGCCCGGGGCGCACGUGAAGAUGCUGAACCAGAGCCUCUCCGAGGUCGACCCGGAGCUGUAUGACAUCAUAGAGAAGGAGAAGAACCGCCAGUACAAGGGUCUGGAGCUCAUCCCCUCUGAGAAUUUCGUGUCAUCCUCCGUCAUGGAGGCAGUGGGCUCAGUGAUGACUAACAAAUACUCAGAGGGCUAUCCAGGCGCACGGUAUUAUGGAGGCAACGAGUUCAUUGACAUGGCGGAGUCACUUUGCCAGAAACGUGCUCUCGCUACCUACCGCUGCGACCCUGAGAAGUGGGGUGUCAAUGUUCAGUCGCUAUCUGGAUCGCCUGCCAAUUUCCAGGUUUAUACAGCUCUUCUUCAGCCCCACGACCGCAUCCUUGCUCUGGAUCUUCCCCAUGGGGGACACCUGAGUCAUGGGUAUCAGACAGAGACAAAGAAGAUAUCAGCAACGUCGAUUUAUUUUGAGACAUUUGCAUACCGUCUCAAUGAGCAGACAGGUCUCAUCGACUACGAUGCGCUUGAGGAGCAGGCCAAGUACAUCCGCCCAAAAAUCCUGAUCGCCGGUUUCUCUGCUUAUGCUCGGCACUACGACUAUGCUCGAAUGCGCAAGAUCGCCGACCAGAACAAGGCCAUCUUGUUGGCAGACAUGGCCCACGUGAGUGGGCUGGUGGCCGCAGGGGUCAUCCCGUCGCCCUUCGAGUUUGCAGAUGUUGUGACGACCACGACCCACAAGAGCCUGAGGGGCCCCCGGGGGGCGAUGAUCUUCUACAGGAAGGGGCAGAAGGGGACAGGGAAGGAUGGGAAGCCGAUUAUGUAUGAUUUUGAAAGCAAGAUCAACUUUGCGGUCUUCCCAGGGCUGCAGGGCGGGCCACACAACCACACCAUCUCUGGCCUGGCCUGUGCCCUGAAGCAGGCCCAGACGCCCGAGUUCCGGGCCUACCAGGAGCAGGUGCUCAGCAACUCCAAAGCCCUGGCAGCAGGCCUGGCCUCGCGGGGCUACGAGCUGGUGUCAGGUGGCACCGACAACCACCUGCUGCUGCUGGACCUGCGGCCAAAGGGGGUGGAUGGCGCACGGGUAGAGCGGGUGCUGGAGCUGGUGCACAUUGCCUGCAACAAGAACACAGUGCCAGGCGACAAGAGCGCCAUGGUGCCUGGCGGCCUGCGGAUGGGCACCCCUGCCCUCACCUCCCGAGGCUUCGUGGAGUCGGACUUUGAAAAAGUCGCCGAAUUUGUGGACCGCGGGGUGAAGAUCGCCGCCGCCGUCAAGGACAAGGCUGGUCCCAAAGUAAAGGACUUCAAGGCCUACAUCGACAGCAACCCACCAAAGGAGCUGGGCGAGCUAAGGGCAGACGUUGAAAAGUUUUCCAAGCAGUUCCCCACGAUAGGGUUCAGCAAGGAGUCAAUGCGGUACAAGGAUUGA